UCGGUCGUGCGGUAUACGAUCUUAUAAUAUUAUAAAGCAUAACUAUUUUUACACAAUUAAAAACAUAUAAAUUCAAAGGAAAAAAAUAUUAUUCAAGAAAAAAAUUAAAAUCUACAAAAAAAACCAUAAAUAUUUUAAGAUAAAAUUUUAAGUGGAAAACAUUUGUGAAAUAUUAGAAUUCAUUCAUAAAAUUUUGUAAUUAAAUUGUUAAUGUGAUAGAUUAAAAACAUUUUGCAAAAAAAAAUAAAUACACAGGUAUUCCAUUAAGAUGCUAUUAACAUUUAGCAUUUUGAUUUUUUCCUUCUUUGUAAUAGAAGGAUUUCCUGCGCAAGAAACUUCCAUUCCGCCAAAGCCAAUAAUAGAAUCUGGAGUAUAUAGACAAGCAUUGGACAGCUAUGGUAAUCCAGUUGCUUAUUUAGAAGCUGCAGAUGCACCAGAUGGAAGAAAGUUUGUUCAUGCCGGAGAAGGAGUUCAAUUUGAAAUACCAAAAUAUGCUUCUGGAAUAACAGAAAUUAAAAAACCGGACAGCAAUUUACUUCCGCCUUUAGAUGGUGGUAGUAUUAACGAACAAAGCACAAAUGAUGAAGAAGAAAACGUUAAAGUUUUACAAGCUGAUGUUGUAACGAACCAGAAAAUUGAGAAUACAGAUUCAACACAACAGAAAUCACAAUAUCCUUUAAAAGUUCAGUUAAAUUUACAAUCAAUAUCUCAACCGAAUAUCUUACAAGCCAAAGCUAUUGAAAGUCCAUCGAAAAAAUUAAUAACAGACGCAAAUGUAUUAGCAAACACAAAUACAGGAAGUAUUGAUCUUAGGAAUAAUGAGCAUUUCUCGCAAUUGGAAAGGUAUUUUGAGAUAAAUCCAAAUUUGAUACCACUUUCCAUUGUUCCAUCGGUUGAAUUAAACGUAAGCCCUCUAGUAGCACCACCAUUUCUUAACACUGAUAUAGAAUUUGAUGUCAAUAAUCCUUUUGAAGUAGAAAAACACGAGUCGCCAAACCAGGUAAAAAAUCAUAAUCGAUUUGAAAAAGAUGCAGCAGCUUUCGAUGUAGUGACUGUUGCACCAAAAUUUUCCGCAGAAAUGACAGAAAAACUUUCACAACUAAAUUUAAAUCCGUUAGUUCCACCAAAAACAGAAUUCAAUGAAACUCUUACUUUUGAAAUUAGUCAAAAUUAUCCAGUUCAAAGUUUGAAUAUAAAUCCAUUUUUACCUGCAGCUGAGAAUUUUUUUACACAUAGAGAUAAAGACGAGUCUUCGACGAAUGUACCUGAAAUUAACAAUAUGGAAACUGUAAAAGGAAUUUCAGAACUUAAUUUAGAUCCUUUAAUUCCUCCAAGAGUUCAAGAAACAGAUGAAUCCAUUCCCAAUGAUUUUUCCAAUACGCAAACCGAAUUAGCCAAUGCUCACGAAACUGGUGAAUCAUCUCCUGUUGAACUGCCAGCAACCAGCAAGUCAGUAGAAUCUAUUCAUAACAAAAUAACAACUGAAGCAAUUGAAAAAUCACCAACUUUCCCUGCAAAAAGUGUUUCAAAACCAGAAAGGGUUAUUUCAACUACAAAAAUGACUGCAACGAGAACUGCGACUAAUAAAGCAAAUGCUAAAUUAGCUAAUAAAAAUACCGCAAGAAAUUUAAAUCGUAGGCCACAAGUAAUAAGCAAGUUUUCAAUAUCAACAGUGCCAAAAAACUUUAUUCCCUCAGAAAAGACUACUUCACAUCUUACCUUGCCAAAAGCUGUCUCAAGAAAUAUACAUAAUAAUAACAAAUCAGACCCGCAAAUAUCAGCAAAUCCAACAACACAUUUUCAAAACGUUUCUCAUGUCCCAUUAGAAAAAAAUGAGCCACAAUAUUUUAUUGAGAACGACGAGACACUUUCUAUUUUAAAUUUAGAACCUUUAAUCCCACCAGAAGUAACAUAUUCUUCUGAAUAUGAAUCUUUAACUGAAGGCGUUAACAAUACUAAAAUUAUGUUCUUUAAAACUCAACCCCGAAGUGAUGAGUUCAGCUUCAAUCACACAUUAUCGACAUUAGACUUUGAGAUUCCUGUUAAUUCACAAAUUCAAAGUACAUCUGCACCAGAUCUAAAAUAUAAAAAUGAUAUAGAAAUAAAUGCUGCUAAAAAAGACGGAGAUAGAAAUGUUUCCCCAGGAGCACAAAAAGAAAGCAAAAUAGACGGUAGAAAUAAGUUGAGUAAAAUAAAUAAUAUGAAAGUUAAUAUAGGUACAUUAUCAACUACAGCUUCUCUGAAACAUCAGCCAAAACCUGAAACCGUCGCAUACGACGCAGAAGACCCAAACCUUUUUGGGAAAGUGUUGAAUUCGGAAACGGAAGAUUUGAACAAUAAUAAAAAAAUUCAUAAUGAAGAAAUUCAGCUGAAGCUAAAUUUACAACCUUUGAUACCUCCAAUUCAAGAUAAAUUUGAUGAACUUGAAUUUGAUGAACCUGUUUCACGUGAUAAAGUUGAGCCAGAAAGUAAAUUACAACUAAAUGAUACAUUUACCAAACCUUUAGAAACGUUUGCAAUGAAUGUAGAGCCAUUUAUUCCUUCACGAGUGGAAACAAGUUCCACUGAUAAUCUCCAUAUCACAUAUACUGAAUCUACUUCUGAAAAAACUAUAGAAGAGACAACAAGUAAGCCUAACGAAAAUAAACCUGUAGAUUAUAAAGAAAAUAUCACUGAAAGCCUUUCAUAUAAUAUUGAAGCUACAUCACCUAGAGGAAAUUCUAGCUACUAUGCAAUGUCAAACACGAGUUCUUUAGACAGGUUCCAUAUGAAAAUGGAAAAUAUUUUUGCGCUGAAUACAGAUCCACUUAUUCCUCCUGCGGCAAAUUUAGAUCCGGGUAUAAUAGAUGAAUCAAUAAGUGGGCCGUCUGCAGUAACUGCGGCAAAAACUUUAAAAAAUGAACGUGUAUCCAAAUUUCAAAAUUCGCCAAUCAUAAAUAUUGUACUUGAUAAAUCAUUUAUAAACGUUGGACAUAGAGCGAAUACCUUAAAUAGCAUUUCUUUAACAGAAUCAAGAGUAACAACAACACCAAAACAUGUAGCGUACAAAAAUAUAGAAAAUAGUUCAGAAAAAAGCUCUUCAAUGUGCUCAGCUUACGGAUGUACAACCCCAAGUCUAAUUGCUACAAAAGAAUUCGUCUCCAACACUGAAAUGCCACCACAAACCACAACAUUAAUAUCCUCCAAUAAUCCACCUACAAUAUAUACAAAACCAUCACCCACUCAACAUUCAAUACUUUUAUUACCAAAAAAUUUAACACCAAAUACUGUGAAACCAGAAAUUUCUUCUUCUACUAUCGCAAAUUCAAAUUCAAAUUCAAAGCCUUUACCGCAAAUCUUUAACACAGAAUUUGACCAAAUCACUAUAACCACUAGUCCCACUACUACUACUUCUAGCACAUUUACCACUUCUGCCAAUAGCAUUAGUAACUCUAUAACUAACUCAAUUUCUUCUAAUUUUGAAUUCUUUACUGCAGCACCUCCUUCAAAAUUAUUUAUACCACCGGUACUUGAUCAAAAACAGUAUUCUAUAGCGGAUAGUACAAUUGAUUCUACUUCAAGUACAUUCUCAAGUGCACCAGCAACAUCAUUUGCAGAACGAUUAAAUUUUAACAAAAACCAAGACCAAAAAGAAGUAAUUCAAGAUUUGCUUCCACCAAUAGAAACACCAAUAAAUCAAAUUGCUGCUGGACAAGUGCAAAAAGCUGAAGCAAAUCCACCUCCAUUUUCAAGUAAUCCAUUCCUAACGAAAACUGCUGGGCUAUCGGCACCAAAACAACAAGUUUCUUCAGGUGGAAUUAGAACAUUUGGUGGGGCUCCAGGAUUCUUAGGAAACCAAAAACCGGGCUACGCCAUCCGUCCUUCUAGUGGUAGUAGUGGGACCAUUAUUAACCCAAGUCCUACACCAGCAAGUGGUCAAAGUGCUUUCAAUAAGCAACCUACAAUUGAUAAUAGAUUUGCAGAAAAGGGAAAUCAUCCAGGAAAAUAUUCAGGAGGUUUUGGUGGGCCACCUGGUAUACUUGCUCCUUAUGACAAUGUCAAACAAUAA